GUCGUCUUCUCGCCGGAGCGCAGGCGCGCUGCGUGGUGGGGGACUGUGACCCUGAGCCUGCGAUUCCUGGGAGCGGGCUGAUGACGUCAGCGUCUGGGCUCCAUGGCGGCGCGACGGCGGGCAUUAAAUGAAACCAAGAGACUUAACAAUGGCAACUCAACAACAGAAGACUCUCCUCUUGCCAAGAAAACUAGAACAUGUCAGAAAAAGAAUCCUGAAACUGGAGGAAAGGCUGAUAAGGACAGGACAGAAGACAGGCAAGAAUCUGUGAAAGCCUUAUUGUUAAAGGGGAAAGCCCCUGUGGACCCAGAGUGUACAGCCAAGGUGGGAAAGGCUCAUGUGUAUUGUGAAGGAAAUGAUGUCUAUGAUGUCAUGCUAAAUCAAACCAAUCUCCAAUUCAACAACAACAAGUACUAUCUUAUUCAGUUGUUAGAAGAUGAUGCCCAGAGAAACUUCAGUGUUUGGAUGAGAUGGGGCCGAGUUGGGAAAAUUGGGCAGCACAGUUUGGUGGCUUGUUCAGGUGACCUCCACAAGGCCAAGGAAAUCUUUCAGAAGAAAUUUCUUGACAAAACCAAAAAUAAUUGGGAAGAUCGUGAGAAGUUUGAGAAGGUGCCUGGAAAAUAUGAUAUGCUACAGAUGGACUAUUCCACCAAUACUCAGGAUGAAGAUAAAACAAAACAAGAGAAAUCUCUUAAAGCCCCCUUGAAGCCAGAGUCACAGCUAGAUCUUCGGGUACAGGAACUGGUAAAGUUGAUCUGUAAUGUCCAGACCAUGGAAGAGAUGAUGAUUGAAAUGAAGUAUGACACAAAGAAAGCCCCACUUGGGAAGCUGACAGUAGCACAAAUCAAGGCAGGUUACCAGUCUCUUAAAAAGAUUGAGGAUUGUAUUCGGGCUGGCCAGUGUGGACGAGCUCUCUUGGAAGCAUGCAAUGAGUUUUAUACCAGGAUCCCACAUGACUUUGGACUCCGUACCCCUCCUUUAAUCCGGACAGAGAAAGAACUGUCAGACAAAGUACAGCUGCUAGAGGCUUUGAGAGACAUUGAAAUUGCCAUUAAACUGGUGAAGACAGAACUGCAAAGUCCAGAACACCCAUUGGACCAACACUACAGAAACCUACAUUGUGCCUUGCACCCUCUAGACCAUGAAAGUUAUGAGUUCAAAGUGAUUUCCCAGUACCUACAGUCUACCCAUGCUCCCACACACAAUGACUAUACCAUGACCUUGCUGGAUGUUUUUGAAGUAGAGAAGGAAGGUGAAAGAGAAGCCUUCAGAGAGGACCUUCAUAACAGGAUGCUGCUAUGGCAUGGUUCCAGACUGAGUAACUGGGUGGGAAUUCUGAGCCAUGGGCUUCGAAUUGCCCCACCUGAGGCUCCCAUUACAGGUUACAUGUUUGGAAAAGGAAUCUACUUUGCUGACAUGUCUUCCAAGAGUGCCAAUUACUGCUUUGCCUCUCGCCUAAAGAACACAGGACUGCUACUUUUAUCAGAGGUAGCUCUAGGUCAGUGUAAUGAGCUACUAGAAGCCAAUCCUAAGGCAGAGGAAUUACUUCAGGACAAACACAGCACCAAGGGGCUGGGCAAGAUGGCUCCCAGUCCUGCACACUUUGUCACCCUGAAUGGGACUACAGUGCCCUUAGGGCCAGCAAGUGAUACAGGAAUCUUGAAUCCAGAGGGUUAUACCCUCAACUACAAUGAGUUUGUUGUCUAUAACCCCAACCAGGUCCGUAUGCGAUACCUUUUAAAGGUUCAGUUUAAUUUCCUGCAGCUAUGGUGAAUGUUGAUAUUACAUAAACCAGAGAAGAUAUAAUCUUUAGGCAGGAAAAUGAGUGGUUUUGUACUUUUGAACUUUUUGAUACUUUAUGUAAUAAAAUAAAAAGAGUAUA